UAUAACUACUAGUUGGUUAACAUAUGACAAGCGUCUGGCAUACACUGGUUCAUUCUCGUCUCGAAUACGAGAAAGUAGAACCGUUAAAGAAAAAUUACAAUUGCCUCUGGCUUCUAAAUUAUUAUGCGAUGGUGUAUGGGAUU